GCGUAUACAGAACUGCUUUAACACGUGAUGAGAUGGAUUUCUAGAGAAUUCCAAUUUCACAGAGUUUGUGAACAUGUGACAACACAUAGAAAUAGAAACUACAUCGAAAGGGCCGUGUAUAAAUGGAAUAAAUUGUGCAAGCAUAUUUUUGUAAGAGGUAUUUCCUUAAGAUUAUCUUUUUUAGAUCUGUCAAGUCUGGUCACAAUUGUCUGUGCUGCAAAAUUCGGCUUGUAGAUCUAUCAAGAUGACUGCAAAAUUACCCGAAGAGAUAACCAAGAUGAGUUUCCGUCGGAAAGUAUGGGAUUACAUGACAAAGAAUGAAUUGGUGAACUUUCCUGUUAAUAUAUAUAAACGUAUUCCAAACUUUAAAGGUGCUGCUGAAGCAGCACAACGAUUAACCGAAUUGGAUGAAUUUAAGAGAGCACAAACUAUAAAAAUAAAUCCAGAUAAGCCACAGGAACGAGUAAGAUUUUUGGCUCUUGAAGCUAACAAAGAGAUUAUUGUGCCUAUUCCACGAUUAAGAUCUGGUUUGUUUCUACAUGUUACACCUGUCGCUGGUGCAACAAAAGAACAAUUAAAAAUAUUGGCUACUAUGCAUGGCUUGGAACAAUCUGGUAAACCACUAGGACUUGACUCCCAUAUUAAGGUAGAUCUCGUUGUACUGGGAUCUGUAUGUGUCAGUCAAGAUGGAUAUAGACUUGGCAAAGGAGAAGGUUUCGCGGAUCUUGAGUUUGCGAUGAUGAUGAGAAUGGGCACGAUAACGGAGAAUACGACCGUUAUCACGUCCGUGCAUGAUUGUCAGAUCGUGGAUUAUAUACCGCCACAAUUAUUUAAAGAGUAUGACGUGCCAGUGGACAUAAUCGUCACGCCAACGCAGACUAUAUUUGUUGAGCCAAGACAGAAGAAGCCGUCCGGCAUUUUGUGGCACAUGCUCAGUGGAAGAAGACUUAAAACCAUGCAGGUAUUACAGCAGCUCAAAGAGAUGGAUGAAAAAGAUGGCAAGAACGUUUUCUUGAAAGAAGUCGAUUCUGACGUGGAGACGCGUCAAUAUAUUAAAAACCGUGUCAAAUAUCCGAGAAACAAGAAACGCCUUGGUGCGAAGAAGAAUGCGUCUAAUACGGAAAAGAACUUCACCGCGGAGGAUGGCAAAGAUAAGACUGAUAAACCGCGUUUUCCUCGAAAACGUUCACAAAAAAAGGUGCCAGUCGAAGAGGAAAACAAUUCUCUGAAUAUCGAAACAAAAACUGAAAAUAACAUCAAAAGCACAUCUCGUCUGCGUAAAAAUCCACGCGCCAGAACGAAGGCGCACAUCGAUUUCUCCUUAAAGCUCUCGAACAUCUCGUCCGGCGUCAGAGUUCGUGAUGUGAAGAACGCUCUGUUGGAGCGUGGUAUUAAGCCGAGCGAAAUAAUUUGGCAAGGUUAUCGCGGCAUUUGUUAUCUUCACUUUAGCAAACUCCGAAGCGAGAGCGCUUCACCGGAUCAACCGCUUCAGGUAGACUCGAUCGUGGCAAACUUGCAACAGUUACGAAUCGGCGAAUUCGCGAACAACGAGGAGGAUUUCAUACAUGUAGAGCCCGCGAAACCGAUUUCCAGAAUCGAGGUAACUGAUGUGACUACUGUUUAAACUUUUAUUGGAAACUACGGUGAAUAUACGAUCGCACGUAAUUUCUUGAACGUUUAUAUCAUAUUGACAUGUCAAACGAACGAUUGAAUAUUUCUAGACAAAGUUUAUUGUUUUAUGGAAAAUUUUCACGAGAUCUUGUCUUUCUUUCUUGUGAUGACUGAGAGUUUUAGGCUCCGAAAGCUAAUUUGUUACUAAAUUACGUGUACAGGAUGUCUUAAACGACGAGUACUUUUUGCUAGUUGUAAAUUUUUUAAAUUUUCGAGACUUCUCUUUGUAGCGAAUAUGCUCGAUUGGAAAUUGGAAAUUCUUGUAGAGUUUCUCACUUUUUCGUUAUAUUUUUGUAAUUUGAUAUACAUGUUGGAGUUCGUUUUAAUUACUAAAUUAAAUAAAAACUUACAUAUACACACACACACACAUAUACACAUAUAUACAUAUAUACAUAAAGGGUGUUUGGUAACUUACAUAGCCAUAGCCAAUGGAGGCAUAGAAUUGAUGAAAACAAACACAAAAAUCCUAUAUUAUUUUGCGAUAUUCACAAUAAUUAUCGAAUUAUUAAUUAUAGAAAUCUGACGAGGUGGGUGAUUGGAGAAGCAUUGCAGCCACUCGGGCAAGAGCGCGGUCCAGUCGAUCUAACAACUGUUGUAGUCUAACAACUAUAUUAGUCUUAUUUCGUCCUACGUUUCACCGCACGCCGGUAACAGUUGCUGGAUCAAUUAGGCUGCGCUAUAACCCGAGUGGCUGUAAUGCCUCUCCAAUCAUUCAACCUUGAUGAACGUUCACUCGUCGUCACAUUUCUAUAAUUAAUAACUCGAUAAUUAUUGUGAAAAUUGCAAAAUGAUAUGAGACUUUUAUGUUUAUUUUAAUCAAUUCUACGCUUUCACUAUGGCUACAUGAAUUACUGAACACCCUGUAUACACAGAGUGUACCAAAAAGAUGGAUACUCCGGAUUAACUUGAAGGGAUGACGUUUGUGAAAAAAAAAGAAAAGUUAAACACAAAAAUUUUAGAGUUUAGAAAUGGGUAUCUAGUGGUGAAUUUGAACUUUAUCUAGGGAUCAAAUUUAGAAAUCAAAUUAAGGUCAACUUUAAAAUUGUAAAUGGAA